AAACGGUUCCGGGUGUGUAUGUGGGUGAAAGGUCGCGUUUGAAACCGAGGGGACUCAGAAAUCACCUGUCCGUCCGUCCUGAGUGAGCUGAGACCGGACCGAGCUGAACAUGUCCAAGCAGCAGCAGAUCAGUCCCGUGAAGAACUUCUUCGCCGGAGGUUUCGGGGGAGUGUGUUUAGUGUUCGCCGGACACCCGCUGGACACCAUCAAAGUUCGACUGCAGACGCAGCCCCUGCCCGGUCCAGGAGAGACUGCUCUGUACCGCGGGACGCUCGACUGCUUCAGGAAAACGCUGGCCAAAGAGGGGGUCCGAGGGCUGUAUAAGGGCAUGGCGGCGCCCAUCAUCGGAGUCACGCCCAUGUUCGCCAUCUGCUUCUUCGGCUUCGGACUCGGCAAGAAACUGCAGCAGAAAACCCCAGACGACAUCCUGACGUAUCCACAGCUGUUUGCCGCAGGGAUGCUGUCAGGAGUCUUCACUACAGCCAUCAUGGCUCCUGGAGAGAGGAUCAAGUGUCUGCUGCAGAUCCAGGCGGCGUCGGGGAAGGUGAAGUACACGGGACCAAUGGACUGCGCCAAGCAGCUGUACAGAGAGAACGGCAUCCGCGGCGUCUAUAAAGGAACCGCUCUGACGCUCAUGAGAGAUGUGCCGGCCAGUGGGAUGUACUUCAUGACAUACGAGUGGCUGAAGAACGCGCUCACGCCGGAGGGCAGGAGCCCAUCGGAGCUCAGUGUUCCCAGUGUGCUGUUUGCUGGUGGGAUGGCGGGGAUCUUUAACUGGGCCGUGGCGAUUCCUCCAGACGUGCUGAAGUCUCGCUUCCAGACGGCUCCAGAGGGCAAAUAUCCCAACGGCUUCCGGGACGUCCUGCGAGAGCUGAUCCGGGAGGAGGGCAUCGGCUCGCUCUAUAAAGGCUUUAAUGCAGUGAUGCUGCGAGCGUUUCCAGCGCACGCGGCCUGUUUCCUGGGCUUUGAAGUGGCCAUGAAGUUCCUGAACUGGCUUGCUCCAAAUCUGUGAUCCAGAGGAACCGGAGCGGAUGUGAGACGCCGCACGGAUCGAUACGGAUCGCUCCAGACAGACCGUAGCAAGUUAAUGAAUGUCUCGCUGCUUUAUGAUUUAUUGGAGAGGAUUUUAAUCUGUAAUAGUCAGUGCCUUAUAACAGACUGUGAACCGAUUUCUGCCUUCAGGGAAACUGAAUGUUUAUAAUGUAAAUCAAACCCUUUAACAGCUAGCAAACCUCUGUCUGUACAUUAGCAUUUAUCCGUUUACAGCCUCGUCUGCCUUCAGCCCUCACGACAGGAAUUACCUACACAGUCAAGGCCUGUUUUAAUUGUUUUGUUCAUUAUGUUUAAUUAACGUUAUAUCAUCCACAUCAUGUACAUAAAUAAAUGUAUAUUGAUCAUUUUCGUAUGAUCUUGA